AUGGCCGCUCCUAUCGUCGCGCUUUUGGAGUCUCUCGGGCAGCCUCGGCAACGCAUCUUUCGGGACGCAUUUGACGAGCUUACCGAGGAAGAGUUCCGCGACCACUUAAGGCUCUCGAAGCGCACUGUGCGCUGGCUCUGCGAGCAACUGGAAGACGCCAUCGGUGGCCUUCGGACCGGUGGCAUCACGACGCAAGACAGGGUGCUUUGUGCUCUCCGUUUCUUCGCGACGGGGAGCUUCCAAAGAUCCAUCGGCAGCGAAGAAUUCGUAUCCAUGGGGCAAGCUUCCGUGAGCGAAAGCAUUCACGCAGUUGCGGAAGCAAUAACCGUGGUGGGCCGGCAACAGGGCUGGGUGAGCUUCCCGUUGACAACGGCCGGCAAGGCUAGUGCAAAGGCGGCCUUUGCGGAUCGGGGCCGCAUUCCCGGUGUAGUGGCCUGUGUCGACGGGACGCUCAUAGCGAUCAAACAGCCCGAAGGACUCAGCCCGGGCGAGACCGCGGGCUUCAUGUCAAGAAAAGGCUUCUACGCCUUGAAUACCAUGAUCGUGUGUGAUGCCCACAUGCGCAUCGUGGACAUCGAUCCCCGUUUCCCCGGAUCCUGCCACGACUCCUACGUGUGGAGGCACUCACCACUGUUAGGCCGCCUCACACGUAACCUGCGACGUGGAGAAUGGGUGCUCGGAGACUCAGGCUACCCUCUUGAGCCAUGGCUGCUGACACCUGUGCCAGGCCAUCCAGGCAUUGACACUCCGGAGGGGCGCUACAACCAGGCCCAUGCCUCCAUGAGGAACGUUGUGGAGAGGGGUAUUGGCGUCUUGAAGGCAGGGGAGCCGGAGCUGCAGGACAGUGAUGAGGAGGCCGAUGACAACCAGCCACCGCUGCAACAGGGCUUGCCUGUGUCUGACGGGCACCACACCUGCCGUCAAGAAACGCCCAGAGAGCUGCUCAUGAGGGCAAAGCAGAUGAGGAGCCAGGUUGUCAACCUGUUUUCUGCGGCCCCUACCUGGCGUACCGCUCAUCUGCGUGCGCUGCAUCAUCAGCUGAGGCAGCAACAGCAGGCUCGUCGCGCGGCUCAACCGUAA